AUAUCAUGCGACGAGGCGUCACCAAAACAAAUGUGGCUUGCAAAGGGUUGUCUAGGUUUGCUAAAAUAGCUACACAGAAUGAUAAAAUGCCACUCUGUUGGCUUAUCAGCGAGGAGAACAAUCAUAAACCUAUUCGACUGCCUCACCUACAGAAAGUUGUCCUGGGUAGAGGCCCAGAAACGACUAUUAAAGACAAAAAAUGCUCUCGGCAGCAAGUUGAACUGCAAGCAGAGUGCAACAAAGGUUAUGUCAAAGUUAAACAGCUGGGCUUGAAUCCCACCUUCAUAGAUUCUGUGGUGGUGGGUAAGGGCAAUGAGGUCAAAAUGAAGCCUGGACAGCUGCUUCAUAUUGUCAAUAAACUCUACCAGUACACUGUACAGUUCAAGGAGGAUACCAGUGGGGACCGGACAGUCACCAAAAGACCACGACAGUUGACUUCAGAGGAUAGAGAAGGCCACAGAGAGGCUCUGAGUAUGAAAGCAGCCAAACAGACAGAAGAGGCGUCUGCGACGGUCCGCCAGGGAGAAGCCACAAAAAGCAGUGAAAGUGUUGGACAUUGGAGCCAAGGUCUGAAGGCCUCAAUGCAUGACCCAAACAUGCAGGUGUACAAGGAUGAUAAAGUAGUGGUAAUCAAAGAUAAAUACCCAAAAGCUCGCUACCACUGGCUGGUCCUCCCAUGGCAGUCCAUUUCCAGUCUGAAGGCCUUACGUGAGGAGCACUGUGACCUGCUGAAACACAUGCAGCAAGUUGCUGACCAAAUGGUUCAGCAGUGUCCAGAUGCUAAAUGGCUACGCUUUCGCAUGGGGUACCAUGCCAUCCCAAGUAUGAGUCAUGUACACCUCCAUGUCAUCAGCCAAGACUUUGACUCUCCUUGUUUAAAGAACAAAAAGCACUGGAACUCAUUCACAACUGACUAUUUUAUUGAGUCUCAUGAUGUUAUUCAGAUGCUGGAAACAAACGGAAGGGUUUCCAUCAAAGAAGGGACCAGCGAGUUGUUGAAACUACCUCUCCGCUGUCACAUGUGUCACAGAGAACUUCCUACUAUACCAGCUCUGAAGGAACACCUAAAAUCUCACUUUCCUUGUUAAGAAAGUGACCUCAAAGAGGACAAAAUGCCUCAGGUGUUUAUAUGGGUUCAACAUAGGACUGUGUUCUGUUGGGCACUAUUUGUGCCUGUUAGUUCUAAUGUAUAGUUUUGUAAAAUGUUUUGAAGAAAUGCAACAAUAUGAAAACAACUUCCAUCAAACAUGCAUGUCACUUAUGUUGGAUUUCAUCUGGUUUUGCCAAAUUGUAAGACUGCAUGUAUUGUUCCCACAUUUUCAAAUUAUGUUUUAAUAUGUUGUAUUAAAUAUUUUCUAAGAACU